AUGGGUGGUAAGACCUGGUCUAAGGAAGAGGAACGUCUCUUUUGGGAAGUCAUUGUCCCACGGUCACCGGUUGCUGCGUACCCUGACCCCAACAGCCUUAAUUGGGCACAGCUUGCAGAAUGGAUGAACGAGUUGGCAGGCGAUAAACGCCGCCGGGAAUACACGCACACUAUGCUUUAUGAGCAUUACUACCAGAACAACAGACCUGGUCACAAGUCCCCGAAAGCCCAAGAAUUCGUCGACAAGUAUUUGCGUGAUGCAAAAUAUUACAAAGACCAUGGACGCCCUCGUCCCUCGAGCCCUGCUGAUAGCUCUACGUCAGCUUCAGCUUCAACUUCAACUUCCGGGCCCAUGGAUCCUCAAAUCGCCGAGAUGAAAAUGUUGAAGAACGAGCCGAAGCCGAAGGCUCGGCGAUCACGCAAGGGACGCCUGCCCUGGGACGAGGAAGAUGAAGAGAACGAAGUCAAACAUUCACGACCGUUUUUCAACAUGCCAAAGUCACUGGAUGAUAUUGGAACCUAUUCUGUCGCAGGUACACCAGCCGAUGCAGCUCAACAACGGCCUUCUGGAGGACAUAUCCCAUCUGCUCACACCGCUUUGCCCAAGUCUGAUUCCUACCCUUUCCCCAGAUCUGCGCGUGUUGCAAUCCCGGGCUCUGCAUCCGCUUGGUACCAGCCGGCCACUGGCAAGGAAGUUGAUGGGCUUCCAGCACCUGAAGUUGAGCGCACUUCGAGACCCAGUUACGGGUACUUCGAUCGCCUUGGCUCUGAGCGUGUGGAAAAUCCCUAUUGGCGUCUGGAACGUGACCCCGACCAGGUCGAAAAGCCUGAACAGACACUUCCCGUGCCUUCAGGAAGCACCAGUGCCCAGGGAUCACAGCCACGAGCACCAGGAUAUGUAUCUUCACGACCCCAUCCGACUGCCAACCACCAACAGACACCCCAGGGGCCUCAGAGCCAGUGGAACGGAAGGCUUCCAUCCAUUCGCGAAAUGCUUCCCUACGAGUUCGAGCGACCAGUCCAUGAUCCUUACGCCUAUGAGAUGACUCGAAGACUUGAUAAGCGCAGCUUCUCCCAAGAUCAAGGCUACAUGCAGGUCCCCGAUACCACGAAGCGCCGCAAACUUCCCGAUGCGCCAGUUCGACAGCAGCAAGGCGAACAAUCUCAGCCUCAAACCCGUCAACAGGAUUGA